AAAGCCUAUACCUAAAACAUCACGAAGGACAAACAAAAAGCAUGUCCUCAUCCGUUCUGUAGUCCUUUCAACUGACACUUUUCUUUUUUUUAAAGUUUUAUUAUCUUCUAUCAGAAUCAUGCAAAGACAUAAUGUGCACUGUGCUUUAAAUUCUCAAUAUAGACACUAUCCCAAGUAGAGGUACACAUAAAAGACUGUUUUGGCAGCUCCUUUGCAGUACCAAAUGUAAGCUUUGAUUUUUUAAAUACCUUUUUAUGUUUUGGAAUUGUGUAUGAAAUAUGAAUUCCUAGCAGAGCCUAUUUUUAGAGUUGGGAGGAUAUGUAGACUUAGUGUCACUUUAUAUUAAAUGCCGAUUAAUAUUUUUUUUUCCCAGUUGUAAAAUUUCCAUUGUGGUAUAACACUAUUAAUAUAUAACAUUGAAUAUUUUAGAGUAAGCGUGGAGAUGCUGUCAUAUGCUCAGCUAAAUUGUCAGUCUUCAUUGCUCUGCAGGCUAAUCUUUUUAGCUUCUGGUAUAAUUGGCUCAUAACUUAAGGAUCAGUCUGGAAUACAACUUGAGCUGCUUAUCGUAUGAAGAAAAUCCACCAUGGAGAUCUUUAAUUAUAUCGCCUCUUUCAUCUUGACGCUUCUGCAGCUUUCAAAACAAGUCUGUGGAGGUUUUUUUUUUUAUUAAUGUAGUGUCCAGUUUUAUCAAGUAAUUUACAUAACAAAUAAAGGCAUUCUAUUUUUCUUGCCCCAAAGAGCUUACACUCUAGCUCUCAAAGGGAUUUGAAGGGAGGGUGGCAGCUCUUGCUGUGGGAACACAUAGUAUCAUCCUUAAGCUUUUCUGUGUGCAAGGUUAUGUAGUGCUUGCUGUAUGCUCUUAACUUUGUUUGCCGACUGGUCUUUUGUUUGUUGUUGCAUAUCUGUAGGUCUGCCAGUUAGAAGAAAGUUUAUUUUUAAGACAAAGAGCUGUAUGUAUGUUGUGUGUAUGGAAAUGUAUGUAUAGAGCUGCUUUUUAAAAGCCUCUGCCCUAAGGGAAAACAAUACUUUGUCAGGCCAAAAGAUGAAGAAUUUUUUUCUUGGAGAAAAAAAUUGGCAUUAAAGAUGCUUUAUAACUGCUGCUGCAGUUUGUUGCGUUAGGGAGGCAAAUGAAAAUAAGGCUUGUCGUUACGUGCCUGAUCUGCUGAGUGGUGCCACAAUCGUGCCAGUUCCUUAAGUCACCUCCUUUGUACCCCUGCUACGUUUCACACUGAAUACCGUUGGAUCUAUUUUUUCUCUUACGCAGUGUUUGAGAGUGGGGCUAGUGGCUGUCAUCGUGCUAACAAAGUAAUAUAGAGAGUUUCUUUAAGGAAAAGACUGUAGGAGGUUUUGAACGGAGAGCAAUUCUGGCUUUGAGAAGAGGAUUUCCUGCCUUUCUUGUACAUGUCCAAACACUCUGUGAGAGCCUAAACGCUUCCCAGAAGGUGCUGGGCAGGAGGAGAGUCCAGAAGUUUGCACUGCGAUGCUCUUCCCGUGCUCUGCCUACGAGUUUCUCAUCCUCCCCGUCGUUGGGGAAAGAGAGACGUGCCAGGCUCUUUCCCAGCACCGAGGGCUCCAAGUAGCAGCAGGAAGGUGGUGAAGAGAGGCAGCGUUUGCGUUUUCUGCCUUGGCCAUUAAAGCUGGCACCUUCUUGUGAUGAUUAUUUCAGCAGAACUCUGACUGAGACAGAUCAGCCUCCGGGCUGCCCAAGGGCUCCUGGAUGCCACCAGUUCUCACGCUGCUCUAGAUCUGCCGUCUUCUGCAGCACCUCUCUUGGAAAAAAUGCUGUGGAGGCUUACAAGGGAGAGAUCAUCAGAUAGCUUUCAACUGCAUUGUAGAUGUUGGGGAAAAAUAAGCGUUUUAAGAGAAAUCUCAGUAGCAGAUGGUGAUGGCGUUCAUCCAAGAGAGCUUCCUCCUUCCUCCCUUUGAAGGCAUGGAUUUUUCUAGUUCCCGGAUAUGGAAGAGCUGUUGCUGCCCUGCAUGUUCACGUUGGCUGACUUCCUGUCAAUGAAAGCUUCCUAAACUGGUGGACCGAAUUGAUGAUUCUCAUGCCCUCAAAUCUGGAAGGUUUGUUGCCCUGAACACAGGAGUUUGGUAUGUGAACUUCACAGCCAGCCUUAAAAUGAACUAGUGUUAUUCUACUGAAUAAACACAGGUACUACCAGCUGAGUGUUGGCACCGAAGUGCAAGCCCGUUAGCUUGUGACGAAGCAGCCCGUAUGGCGGUUUCAGUGAUGUGGCUUCAGCGGGGCACCGUGCCUUAAUGUUUGGAUGUUUUUCUGCUGCACCCCAAUGAAGACAUCUCCAAGAUCCCACCCUGUGCUCUCUCCCUGUUUCUCCCCUUGCGUUGCCUGGCAAAGUGAGGUUGGGGAGAGGACUGAGGACUGCUGUCUCUAAAUACGAAGGUGGGGAUGCUUUAAAAAAAAAAAAAAACCAAAAUGUGUAGGCUUCAUAAUGCAGAAGAAAGAUUGCAUGUCCUGACAGGAACAAAUAUAUUCCAGAAAUCAAAAGGAAGUUUCCCGGCACCAGUACUGGAGCUUUCUGGAACCGAUCCCUUCGUCAGAGCAGAGAUGACAAAGCAGCCAAGUGCUUUUAAGAGUGGGAAAUUUGUGAGAAGGGAGUCCAGGAUGUCAGCGACCACGACAGACAGGAGAAGACUUGGCUGAUCUUCCCUUGGUUUGGCUUGGAUAUUGGAGGGACCUUGGUCAAACUUGUUUAUUUUGAACCAAAGGACAUCACUGCUGAAGAGGAAGAGGAGGAAGUGGAAAAUCUCAAAAGCAUCCGCAAAUACCUGACAUCAAAUGUAGCCUAUGGAUCUACAGGCAUUCGGGAUGUGCACCUUGAACUAAAGGACCUUACCCUGUGUGGACGUAAAGAUGGGUGACCUCCAGCUUUGUAAGCUAGAUGAACUCGAUUGCCUUAUUAAAGGAGUUUUGUACAUCGAUUCAGUUGGAUUCAAUGGACAUUCAGAAUGUUACUAUUUUGAAAACCCGACGGAUGCUGAGAGAUGUCAGAAGCUCCCAUUCAACUUGGAGAAUCCAUAUCCUCUCCUUUUGGUGAACAUUGGCUCAGGGGUCAGCAUUUUGGCUGUGUAUUCAAAAGAAAACUAUAAACGGGUAACAGGCACCAGCCUUGGCGGGGGAACCUUUUUUGGGCUCUGCUGCCUUCUUACCGGUUGCUCCACCUUUGAAGAGGCCCUGGAGAUGGCGUCCCGCGGAGACAGUACCAAAGUAGACAAACUAGUGCGGGACAUUUACGGAGGAGACUACGAGCGAUUCGGAUUGCCAGGCUGGGCUGUAGCAUCCAGCUUUGGAAACAUGAUGAGCAAGGAGAAGCGGGAAUCUGUCAGCAAAGAGGACCUCGCGAAGGCGACUUUAAUAACCAUCACUAACAACAUUGGCUCCAUAGCACGGAUGUGCGCGCUUAAUGAGAACAUUAAUCGAGUGGUGUUCGUCGGCAACUUCCUUCGGAUCAAUACAAUCUCGAUGAGGCUUCUGGCAUACGCGUUGGACUACUGGUCGAAGGGACAGUUAAAAGCACUUUUCUUGGAACAUGAGGGUUAUUUCGGUGCAGUCGGUGCUCUUCUGGAACUCCUGGACUCGGCUUGACUCUGUGCAGAUCCUCUCCACUGCACCGAUGAAGUCACAAAGCCAACGUUUCGCUUCAAAGCAUCCACUCGCUGACCGUUAAGCUAAUUGUACAUGACCUAAUGGGAAGAGGAAAGGACUGUUGUGUUUCUCUCUGUAAACAGUUGAAACCCAUCUUCCGUCACCACACAGGUUUGUUCAGAAGGAGUAUAGAUACAAACACGCUGACCGAAGGUGGUGGUCGUGUCCCCAACAUCUGUCAGGCAUGUAGUCGCUGACAUCAAAUAGCCCUUUUUAUGUCGUCUUUACGUGUGUUUCAUGGCGGUGAUGUAAUAGAGCACUUGCGCUCUAGUCCUUCUGUAAGAUUCCUUUCAGUGCUGAAUGUCUGACGUCUGCCCAGCUCGAGUUUGUGGAGUUCAGCUGCAGCGGUUUAUGUUCCACGAGUGAAAGGUGUCAUGUUCGGGUUAGGCUGUCAGUUGUCUGCGAAGGGGAAAGAACAUCGGCCCCGGCACGCAAACCAGUUUCUUAUCUAUCUGGCCAGCUGAUUCACGGGUGCAGCACAAACCCUGUGCCUCGGGCACCCAGAGCUGCCCGGACCGAUGCUGACUGCAGCCUGUGACGGUACCCGUGGCGCUGGGGGUGUCUGUCAGGCUCUGACCGCGAGGUCUGCUAAAAGCAAAUUUGAAGGUGAAAUAGCGUUGGGGUUUUUUGUUUGGAUGUUUUUUUUUCCCUGUGUUGUAAAACUUGGCUGCGUAUAACUAUACCAAAGAGAGUCCUUUUUCUUUCAUACACUUGAGAUCUUCUCUGUAACGUUGCGGUUUAUGUUUAUUAAUCGCUAAACUGGUUGUUUCCAGGGGAAACCUCUCCUUCCUGUACGCAUGCUGUACUCUGCUGUCUUCUCUCUGCGCACGCCUACAGCCCACAAACCGCGUUGCUGUGGUGUGGCACCCCUAAAGACACUGUGCUCUCGGGGUGCGGGUGUAGUGAUGGCUUAGUGCAUGCUGAGUAAAUGAUCUCAGAAAACACGAGCUGAUAAGGGUGGGCAGCGGCUCAAAAACGAGCAGCAGCAUGCCUUUGGUUUGGUAUUGGACCGUCCUUCCUCUGCUUGGUGUGGAAGCAAGACCUCCUUCCUUUCUUGCUUCGCAGAAAUUCCUCCCAGACUCGGACCUUGCGUGAGCAGAUGAAGAUCUUUAGGGAGAGGGGUGUUGGUGCCAGCACCCGACUGCUCACCGGUCAGGGAGGGUGACAGAGCGAGCUGCUUUGCUGAAAAGCCCCCUGCACCUUCCCUUGAUGAUGUAAGCUGACCAGAGAUAUGACCCCAGAGUGUUCUCUGCAGUACGGUGCUCUGGCUUUCCAGCCAAGCAGCUCAGCUUCACGUAGGAGCCGUCCUUCUGUGUGCGGAGACAGCCCGUGCCCGUUGGGUCACAGGAGCAGCACAGCAAACACCGAUGGUACCUGCCCCUCCUUUGGGCCUGGAAGGGGAGGAAACUGUGACUUCAGAAGACGUCCUCUUUGCUAGAUUAGAUCUGUGGGGUGAUUUUCUGAAAGCCUGUCCUGUCAGCGUAAAGCAAGGCUUUUUCUAAGCUUCAGUUAACUGUGGGCCUGGAGCUUCCCGAUCGCAUUCAGUAAUUUAAUGACAACAAAAUGGGGUGGAAAAGAGAGCAGCGUUCACAGGAAAGGCAAUCUUUACUGCGUGCUGGCUGCAGAAGAAAAUUUUUGUGCUUUUCCUGUGGUAUAGUGCAGGGUUCAGUUGUAUCCCGCUCUGCAUUCAGUGUAACGUGGUACUUUUAUAGGUAAUAAGGGCUGUGAGCAGGGUUACAUGGAAUCACAGCCUGGUUUGGGUGGGAAGGGACCUCACAGCCCACCCAGUCCCACCCCCUGCCAUGGGCAGGGACACCCUCCACUAGCCCAGGUUGCCCAAAGCCCCAUCCAACCUGGCCUUGAACACUGCCAGGGAGCCAGGGGCAGCCACAGCUUCUCUUCUCCAUUUCUUGUGAAACGGCACACGAGAUACCCCGGGUAGGUGUAGUAAAACCAACUCCAGUUCUGAAUUGCUGCUGUAGGUUUUCUACACUUAAUGCUUUCUGUAUGAAAUAUAAAAUAUAACACACAGCAUCUACCUGGCUUCCACUCUAGGGCCCUCCCCCUUACAGCCACACCUCAGGCCCUGGUUUGACUCGUGGAAAAGACACGGAAACGCAAGUUCCUUGUGCCCAGGGUGUGCUGAGCUGCUUGGUGUGAUCCUUCAGUGCUGGAGGGGGGCAGGGUGUCAGGUUUAAUGAGUGCCGGGGGUUUUACACACCCACGUGGGUGCAGGGAGGGUGUCGAAGCCGCCUCAGAAUCCUUGUGCCACAUGGAAGAGCGGCUCUGUGUUUUCCAGUGGUGGUGGCCUGUGGGAGCUGAAGGCUGAGAGAAGGAAGAAGCCACCGUGAAAGGGUUUGGAAAGCUCCGCAGCCGUCCUGCAGCCUGCCGCCCCCCUUCCCCUGGAAUUCCUUUUUCUGUGGAUUUCAAGUAGAUCCUGUGUGGGCUGAUGUCCAACACCGCAGUCCCUGAUGUAUUGUGUGUGGUUUUUGUAAAUUGUUAUUUCUUUUCUUGUUGUAAUAAAAUAUUACAGUUAUUUUUAUAUACUCAAA